GGCGGACGUACGUUGCUGAUGUUUUGUGCCGGUGGUUGGUACAACCUGAUUUGAGCAACGUUCGUUUGCGCUGCAACUUCAUGUUGAAUAUUUCCUUUCCUAAAAUUUUUUAACUUGUUAUCGUGUACUAAACAAGUUAGAAGAUGAAGUUGAACAAAUUAGUUACGGCCUCAAGAAGGAAAAACAGAAAGAGGCACUUCUCUGCACCGUCCCAUAUUCGUCGACGUCUAAUGUCCUCGCCCUUGUCAAAGGAGCUUCGUCAAAAGUAUAAUGUACGAUCCAUUCCCAUUCGUAAGGACGAUGAAGUGCAGGUUGUUCGUGGACAUUAUAAAGGUCAACAAGUAGGCAAAGUUGUUCAAGUCUACAGAAAGAAAUUUGUAAUAUAUAUUGAACGAAUUCAACGUGAGAAGGCUAACGGUGCAAGUGUUUACGUUGGCAUUCAUCCUUCAAAGGUUGUAAUUGUAAAACUUAAAAUGGAUAAGGAUAGGAAAAAUAUCAUCGACCGUAGAGCAAAGGGUCGUCUGGCCGCAUUGGGAAAAGACAAAGGAAAAUACACGGAGGAAUCAGCAGCUGCUGCAGUUGAUGCUUCUUAAUUUUGUACACCUUCCUUUUUUAUUUAAUUAACAAAUAAAACAUCCGUUAAUGUGC